GCACACCAAUGGCAGCCCCUUCAUCUUUUACGAUACCCUCCCACAACAAAGCUUGGGUCUACUCCGAAUAUGGAAGUGCUGUUGAUGUUCUGAAACUUGACCCCAAUCUUCCCGUCCCAGAAGUGAAGGACGACCAAGUGCUGGUCAAGGUUGCUGCUGUAUCCCUUAAUCCUGUCGAUUCUAAGUGGAUGAGUGGAUUUUUUAAGGCCCCUUUACCCACCGUUCCGGGACAUGACAUUGCCGGUGUGGUGGUGAAAGUGGGAAGCCAAGUAAAGAAUUUCAAGGAGGGAGAUGAAGUAUAUGGGGAUAUCAAUGAGGCAGCUUUACAACCAAAAAGAUUUGGCUCUUUGGCCGAAUACACUGCCGUGGAAGAGAGAGUAUUGUCUCUUAAACCCAAUAGCCUAAGUUUUGUGGAAGCAGUUAGCCUUCCUCUGGCUAUUGAGACUGCCUAUGAAGGCCUUGAACGCACAGGAUUUUCUGCUGGUAAAUCCAUCCUUGUUUUGGGAGGUGCUGGUGGAGUUGGGUCACAUGUUAUUCAGCUGGCAAAGCAUGUUUUCGGUGCAUCCAAGGUAGCAGCUACUGCAAGCACUGGGAAACUGGAACUGUUGAAGAGUUUGGGAACUGAUUGGGCUAUUGAUUAUACCAAGGAAAACUUAGAAGACCUUCCUGAGAAAUUUGACGUAGUAUAUGAUACAGUUGGGGAGGUUGAGAGGGCAAUCAAGGCGAUGAAAGAAGGUGGUCAGGUCGUGACAAUAGUACCUCAACCAGCUCCAGCAACUCCACCACCACCAGCAUUCACAUUUUUUCUCACUUCUAAGGGUUCAAUCUUGGAGAAGCUGAAACCUUACUUGGAGAGUGGGAAGGUGAAGCCGGUCAUAGACCCAAAAAGCCCAUUUCCAUUUUCCAAGACUGUGGAAGCAUUUUCCUAUCUGGACACUAACAGAGCUACUGGAAAGGUGGUCGUGUAUCCCAUCUCUUGAUAGGAAACAUGUCAGUUUCAGCAAUAUAUGUAAAAUUAGUAUGUCCUCAUCAAUGCAUUAGGACUAGUAAUAAGGAAGCGUGGCUGCUUGAUUCUCUAAU